AUCAUCCAGAACCGGCCACUCGGCACCAGGCCAUCCUGCGUGGUCUGGAGGCCUUGGGCGAGGCGCACUUGGACCAUCCUGUGCUCCAACGUGCUGUGGGGUCGAAAUUCCUGCCGCAGCGACUGCGCGAGCGCUGGCAAGCCCUGGGUAUUGGAAAUGAGCACGCGAGCAAUGCUUCCAGUGCGGAAGAUUCGGCGGAGACCCGCAAGAGGCUCCGAAUGGAAGCGAUGCGGCAGCGUCAACAGGCUCUGAUGCGACGAAUGCAGCAACAGCAAAGUCAAGCUGUUGCUGCAAUGGACGAGGCCACACAAGGAGCUCUCAACGACGAGACUGAGGCAGAGGACACCGGCGCAUUGUGGCAGUGCGCCACCUGCCGCGAAGCCGGAACGCCGGAGAAUCCACUUGCCAUGCUGGCCUCGGUUGUGCCGUGGCAAUCCAAAUCCAGUCAUCGAGGUGGCCUUCCAGGCUACGCUCGCUUUACUUCCUGUCGACAUCUUGUGCAUGUGAGCUGUGGACUGGCGCAUGCAGAGGAUGUCAGAAAUCAGGCAGGUCGAUCGCUUUUCUUUUUCGUCGACGCGGCCGGUGGCGAGUUUCCUUGCCCCAUGUGCCGAUCUGUGGCAAACUGCUUGAUCCCCUGCCUCCCUGACGAGGAGUUCCUCGACUCCGGGGAUGCAUCUUGGCAACCGGAGGUCACGCACUCAGCCUCGGCUCCCAGCCGAGUGCGGCCGCCACUUCCCGCCUUGCAGUCUGCUCUGCGUGCAUGCACGCGACGGGCGAGCAGGGCAGAAGCGGAGGCUAGCUUCGAGCAGAAUGAAGGCCAGCUCGACGACAGCCAAGGAGCAGCGCUGUCCGUGCCGUUGCUUCGCGCAGCUGCCGCGGAGCUGCGGGCAGCAGCAGCUCUGUUCCCCUUGCAGCUGAUGGACGAAGGGCCCCCUACGCCGCUCUACGCGGCGCUCUUCAGGUCGGCCGCUGUGCUGAGGUCCGGUGCUGCAACGGUGGCGCCAAAGCUCGAGGACAACGGUUGGCAGUCCAAGGUUCUCGGUUGGUUGUCUUGGCCACGGGAACCGUGGUUGCUGGACUUGAAGGCGGCUUUGGCAGAUCUCGUCACCACAAAGCUUGGUGAUGAGGACGGACUCUCGCAAAGCGCUUUUGCAGAGUUGGUGGUGCUGCUGAUGAAGGUCUGUGUGCGGCAAGACGCCGCGUCAAAAGCAGGACUGGAUCCCAACCAAGAGGAGGGAAGUCCGCCACCGAAAGCCGUGUUGGAGUUCCUCAUCUUCGCCGCGUGGAUUUGUGCCGCAAUAUGGCGCCUACCAGCCCAAGAGAGGAACAGGCUUGCUUACCUACAAAGCGAGAAGCCCGGGUCCGUUGCUGUGUUGGCAACGAUGCUGAGGCUGCCGGGCCUUGCGACUUCGUUUGACAUUCGCAUGGUCCCGAUGGGAGAACUGCCAGAAGUGCCAGAGUCGUUGAAGGAAGGCUGCCGUCUCAGCGCGCUCGAUGAAAUCACCGAGUUUCCAUUUAUUGACCUGCCGGAUGCGUAUCUGGACGUCAUCAAGGACGUGCGCAAGAAGCCCUGCACUGCCUGCGGAAAGCUUCCAGCCGAGCCUGCGCUCUGUCUCCUGUGCGGAGCGAUCGUUUGUUUGGGCAGCCGCGCCUGUCGCGGGCGAAACCAGACAGAGGGCCAGUGCACAGAGCACGCACGGAGAUGUGCCUCCGGGCAGGGCCUGUUUCUGCUUCCGUAUUUGGCGCAGAUUCUUGCAGUCAGUGCUCCAGAUUGCUGUCUUUGGGAUUGCCCGUACGUCGACAGAAACGGUGAGCUGAACCCCAACCUCAAGCGGCCGUGCAUGAUGCACUUCAGGCUUGACCAGCAACGCCUGGCCAGUUUGCGGCAAACCUUUACGAAGUCUUCCAUACGACGGGAAAUCUUCCUGUACAACCAGAAGACCGGACAGUACAUUCCUCACGCCCUCUGCUUUUGCCACGAGGGAAAGAUUUUUCUCAGCGCUCAGAGCGCUGUCGCUGCAGCCAUGGCAGAGACACCUGCGAGCCUGAAGAGCACGACCCGACCCCAGGCAGACCUGGAACCACAUCUUUGUCAAGAAUGCGAGGGUAUGCCUCCAGCGCCCGAGGUGGACGGUUGGGAGGCGACGAAGCAGAUCGGCCGGACACUGGCCUCGCUGUGCGGAGGUGGCGGUGAGACAGCAACUGUUGCUACAGAGAACUUCCACGACUUGCACGCCCGGCUGAUCUCCAACGAGACCGUGAAGUUUGCAAUGUUCAAGAACAAGGUAUCCUUGGUGGUCAACGUUGCAACUCAAUGUUUGACAAAGCAAAACUACGCUGAAUUAUCUGAGAUUUGUGCCGAGCUGAAAGCUGAGCCAUUCGAAGUGCUGGCCUUCCCGUGCAAUCAGUUUGGAAAGCAGGAGAAGGGUUCGCCGGAGCAGAUUUCAAACUUCGUCGCAGGUAAGCUGUCGGAUGCAAACUACACCCUUUUCGAGAAGGUGCACGUGAACGGCCCCCACACUCAUCCGGUGUUCCACUUUUGCAGGUACAAUGCAGGAGGUACUCGACUUGGAUCAUCACGCAUGCGCCCCAUCCCAUGGAACUUUGCGAAGUUCCUCAUUGACAAAGAGGGACGCGUCGUCGAGUUUUAUAACCCGAAGAUUCCGCCCUCGGAGAUCCUGCCUGACAUUAAGGCAGUUCUCGCAGGCACCAAGCAGGGCUCACCGUCGCAGCGCCCGACAGUCGGUUCCGAUGCCCCUGAGGGCUUCUUGAUCAGUAGUCACGAGCGGCUUGCUGAGUCCAGUGUGGAUCGGUUCGAUGCGGGCGGCGGUGGGAGUGGGCAUCCCUUUCGCGCAGUGUCUUUGGUUGCUAGCGUGGCUGGCUACCUGGCGUGUCCUCAAAGUGGGGUCCCGCAGGGGGAACCAAGGACUUCCUUCAGCGAGGUCGCUGGCUCCUCCAGCGAGUUGUUGGCCGUCAAUGAUUGA